AAAUGUAACAGUUGGCAAUCGUAUUUUUACUAGUGAAUGACAGAAGAAGCUCACUAACAGUCACGUUUUGCAAAAAGAAUCUCUAAAUUCUUUUAUACCUGAAAGAAACCUGAAUUAUUCAUUAUAUCAUCAAAAUGAUGCAACCACAGAUCCUUUUAUUGAAAGAAGGUACAGAUAGCUCGCAAGGAAAACCGCAGCUUAUAUCAAACAUAAAUGCGUGUCAAUCAGUUGUUGAUGCUGUACGCACCACUUUAGGUCCCCGUGGAAUGGACAAACUUAUCGUUGAAAAAAACGGUAAAGCUACUAUUUCGAACGAUGGUGCGACUAUUAUGAAACUUCUCGAUGUCGUCCACCCUGCUGCAAAAAGUUUGGUUGAUAUUGCAAAAUCUCAAGAUGCUGAAGUAGGUGAUGGCACCACCAGUGUUGUCCUUCUUGCGGGGGAAUUCUUGAAACAAAUUAAACCAUAUGUAGAAGAAGGUGUUCACCCACGCAUUAUUAUUAAAGCAGUGAGGCGCUCAUUGCAAUUAUGUCUUGAUAAAAUCAGCGAGUUGGCUAUUAAAAUUAACAAAGAAAAUGCAUCUGAAUUUCAUUCUUUGUUGCAAAAAUGUGCCGCAACUGCAAUGAGUUCCAAGUUAAUUAAUCAACAACGUGACUUUUUCUCUAAAAUGGUAGUGGAUGCGGUCUUAUUAUUGGAUGAUUUAUUACCAUUAAAUAUGAUUGGUAUCAAGAAAAUCCAAGGAGGUGCUUUGGAAGAUUCAGUUUUAGUCGCUGGAGUGGCAUUUAAGAAAACCUUUUCGUAUGCAGGCUUUGAAAUGCAACCGAAAAAUUAUCACAAUUGCAAAAUUGCACUGCUUAACAUUGAACUUGAGUUAAAAGCUGAGAGAGAUAAUGCUGAAGUUAGAGUUGACAAUGUUAAGGAAUAUCAAAAGAUUGUGGAUGCAGAAUGGAACAUCUUAUAUCAAAAGUUGCAGAAGAUUCACGAGUCUGGAGCUAAUGUCGUUCUGUCCAAACUCCCCAUUGGUGAUGUUGCCACACAGUAUUUUGCUGAUAGAGACAUGUUCUGUGCCGGUCGCGUUCCUGAAGAAGACCUCAAGCGCACAUUGAAAGCUUGUGGCGGAGCCGUCAUGACGACAGUUCACGAUCUCAACGAUUCGGUGUUGGGUAAAUGCGAAUACUUCGAAGAACGUCAAAUCGGCAGCGAACGAUUCAACUUUUUCAAAGGAUGUCCCAAUGCCAGAACAUGCACAAUCAUUCUCCGCGGCGGAGCCGAACAAUUUCUUGAAGAGACCGAGCGGUCUCUGCACGACGCCAUCAUGAUUGUGCGAAGGACAAUUAAAAACGAUGCGGUCGUCGCAGGCGGCGGGGCUAUCGAAAUGGAGCUUUCUCGAAUGUUGCGGGAUUAUUCGAGAACUAUAGCCGGAAAAGAACAAUUACUCAUUGGGGCCAUUGCCAAAGCUUUGGAAAUAAUCCCGAGACAAUUAUGCGACAAUGCUGGUUUUGAUGCUACAAACAUUUUGAAUAAAUUAAGACAGAAACAUGCGCAAGGCCAUUGCUGGUACGGUGUUGACAUCAACAAAGAAGAUAUAAGCGAUAAUCUGGAGGCAUGUGUUUGGGAGCCUGCUAUUGUCAAGGCUAAUGCUUUAACGGCCGCGACUGAAACCACUUGUUUAAUUCUGUCGGUGGAUGAGACCAUCAAAAAUCAAAAAUCUGGGGAUGCUCAGCCACAAAUGGGACGUGGCAUGGGAAGACCAAUGUAAUAGAUUUGGAUUUCAUUCAUUUUUAACUUUAAAAUCUUAAUUAACAGUUUGUAGUAAUGUCAAGUCAGUUAUUUUGUAUUGAUAUUGCAGUGCUGAAUUUGCAAAUUUAUUAAUAAAUUAACAUAUUAAUA